CCGUGCGGAGGAAUGCGCGCUGCACUCUGCCCUCCCUCUCCCGUGACGCCCAGAGGGGAACCAGAGAAACAAGCCUUCAGUGAGACAGAAAGGGAAGGGGAGACGUUGAAACGGAUAACGGGGGGAGAGAGGGAAAUAUCGUAGUGAGAAGAGGCGUGCCAAUAAUCAGGACUUUUGGAUGAGGGCGCGCGUCUCGGCGAACACAUGGGAACGCACCGGAUCAAUUACGCAGCGUCACGGAGCCGCUUUGAGAGAAGAGGGGCGCCCUGAGGUGCUGCUGCUGGUUUUUAUUCUCCCCCGUCUUGGUCUGACUGAGCCGGGACACCGAACCCUGUGCGGGACCAAGUCAAAGUUCAGGCAGAUAUACGGCUCGUAGAGACAGUGUCUUUCGGCAGAAUGCAGGGCCUGAGCUCCCGGGCUCACGCCUUUUCGGUGGAGGCGCUGGUCGGGAAACCCUGCAAGAGGAUGAAAGUGUCGGAGGGACUCGAGUCAAGUUCUGCUGGAGACACGAGCGGAGACAGGAGCAUCUUCACCGGGCAGCACAAAUAUCCCAACAGUCAGCUGAAGAGCGCAGGUUCAGCAGCGGGGAGGCCGGAGGACUCCCGUGACCCACAGAGACACACUGUCAGAUCAAGGACCGAACCCUCGGACCAGGCCUGCGAGGAGAACAAGCCGAAGGAGAGCGACUGCCGGCCGGACAGAGAGGUCCGAGUAGAGCUGCAGGGCUCCGAGCUGUGGAAGAGAUUCUACGAGAUCGGCACCGAGAUGAUCAUCACUAAAGCUGGCAGGAGAAUGUUUCCCUCUGUGCGCGUAAAAGUGCGCAACCUAGACCCUUGCCAGCAGUAUUACAUUGCAAUGGACGUCAUGCCGGUGGACUCCAAACGCUACAGGUAUGUGUACCACAGCUCGCAGUGGAUGGUGGCUGGAAACACGGACCACUCCUGCAUCUCCCCGCGCCUCUACGUGCAUCCAGACUCGCCGUGCGCAGGAGAGACGUGGAUGCGGCAGGUCAUCAGCUUUGACCGGGUCAAACUCACCAACAACGAGAUGGACGACAAGGGACAUAUUAUUCUUCAGUCGAUGCACAAAUACAAGCCACGUGUCCACAUCAUCCGGCACAACCCUCGGAUGGACUUGUCUCAGAUCCAGUCGCUGCCUGCUGAGGGAGUUCACAGCUUCUCCUUCCCAGAAACCGAGUUCACCACCGUCACAGCCUAUCAGAAUCAACAGAUCACAAAACUGAAGAUCGACAGGAACCCCUUCGCCAAAGGCUUCAGAGAUCCAGGAAGGAAUAGGGGGGUUUUGGAUGGCCUGUUGGAGUCGUAUCCCUGGAGAGGCCCGCUCAGCUUGGACUUCAAGCCUUUCACCAUACAGCUCCAAGGGAGCUCAGCGUCGCCCAGCAGCGGAGUGAAAAGCCUCCUUCCUUUUUCUUCAUCAUCACCCCUUCACCCGUUCUCAGCGCUCCCCUGUCAGGACGCAGCUCUCCUCACCCUCCCCCUGUACGGCAAGACGUCCCCGGCCUCACCCGCCAUCUCCCCGCUGGCCAGCCGAGCCUUCUCCUCCCUGGGAGCCGACAGACUGAGAGGCCUCCCCCCGCUGCCUCCGCUAACAGACCUCCCGCUCCUCUCGGCAUUGCAGGGGAAGAAGCCUCCCCACUGCAGGGACCCAUGUCCUCACGCGUCUCCGGGGGCCCCCUGCCCGAUCCCUCUCCACGGCCCCCUCAGCCCUCAGGGGCCCUCUCUCCUCCCUCAUCUCUCCGACACUGCGGGCCCCUACUGCCUCUACCACUACAGCUUCCCCCUGAGCCCUCAACUCACAGCUAUUUCCCGGCACGCCAAACUCACCGAAGACUCCACAGACUGUCUGCUGCGCCAGUCUCCGUGGCACCCGACCACCAACCACUGCCUCUGACAGCUGGACCGCACUUGCAGGCUCCGGCCCAUUGAGAGUAACAAGCCAAAGCUUAUUGCAACAAAACAGAGGAGGCCGAUUCUCUAUUCGAGCGAGACUCAAAAGAGAAGUGCGGCUGCCGGGACGUUUUUGUAUUUAAAAAAAACUAUUUUAUACACUGUGUUGGAUUUACCAGCACAUGAAAGUGAAGCAGCAGCUAUGCACACUCAUCUAGAGGCCAACAGUGGAGUAAACAGAAACAUUUCUGUUCAGGCAGGAAGCAGAUUUUUAUCUGGGACAGAAAGCCCAGUUUUAUUUUGCUACACAGAAUCUAUCCUUGACAUUUCAGUCUCCCUGUUUAACCUCUUCAAUGGUGUUACCAAAGAGCAUCAGCAGUACGACCUGAGGUAUGUAACAUGACAAUGACUGUUAAAACUGACCAUUAUUAAAGUAUUUUUCAUAUCUUUGAAGAUCAAUCAAGAUAGAAAUGUUGUUUUGUUCCAAACAAACUUUCAGUAUGGAUAAAGAAAGUGAAAGAUGGAAAUACAUUUCCCAUGUUUUCCUGUCGUAUUGUUGCAAAACGAAACACAUGUUGUACCACAGGAAGUGACUUUGAACAAGAAAUGAUUAUAGGACGGAUAUUAUGUUGUAAUUAGCAGCUAGCAUUCAUUGAAACUGAACAAAGACGUAUUUUGUGUUCCUGAGUUGAAUCUCAGUAUCAGGCUUGGCCACCCCCCGACUAAAAACAUGAGCUCAUCAAGUCUGUGAUUUUUAGAGGAAGAAACAACAGCUGCCAGAAUUCAGGCAGCCAGUUUCCAUUCCUGUGCUUUAUUACCAAUAAUAGGACUAAUCAGAGAUGCAUGGAGGUGAAACGGUUAUUCUACCGAGACCUUUAUUAGUCUGUUACAGGGCUGGAACAAGGCUCUGAAACUGUCCAAAGCGGUCGUGUCAUCGCUGUUGUGUUGCAACGUUGUUCCAGGAUCAACAGUAAAUCAAUACUGCUGCUUGACUUUUGGAGUUGUGGUGAAGGCUUUUCAGAAAAAGGGAAUUUCAUAAAGAACAGGGAGUCGAAUGAAAACCACUCACUACUGUGGGGAAACACAACGCUGUGUUUUUUUGUCCGAACCAAAGGAGGGCACGCCCGUUCAGCCGCUGAUGUGAUAAUUCCUGCCUUCAGCUCAGGCUCUUGACCAAUCCCUCCCUCCUUGCAUUUCGGCAGAGCUAGGAACAGCGGUUUAGGCAAAGCGGGGGGAAAUAGCCUGUUUCCCGACAAACGGUCAUAACCAAACAGCAAUUUACUUGUCAUGGCUGAGCGUGGCAGCGAGCUAACGUGCACUGGACGUGGAAAUAGCAGGAAGGAGUUAAUUGGAGGCAAAAGGGGGGAUGGCCCGAGAUUCGGCGAGCUGUCAGGUGCAGCGCUAUCAAACAGCCUGCCCUUUGUCUGCAGACAGACGUAAUCUGCGCCGGUUAUUUGAUACUGUCUGUCAUUUCCAUGUUUGGCUACGGGGGACAAUCAUUUUAAACUCCCAAGUAAUUCCUGAUCUUUCAAUUAGGCAAAUUGCUUUCAUACCGGGAGAGCUGAACUCUGCACCUGCCACUCUCCAGAACAGGAGAGCACACACACUUGUAGCAAAAAAUUACAAGGAAAAAGAUGUCAGAAACUGUCAUUUUUAGCAUCCAGUUACUGCUAUACCAUGUUGCAAGCUGCAGAAAAAUGUGUACAUGUCGAUGCAUGCAUUUUGCAAAGGUACAAAUAGUGUUUGAUGAAGCAAUUCAUAGCAGUAAGAGAAAUAGUUGAACGUUUUAGCAGUUGCUCAUGUCUUGAUGAGUUAAAUGAGAAGUUUGAUGCCAUUCUCGAGUCUUAAUAGGAAGUUCAAGAUUAGUUCAGAUUAGCACAAAGCCUGGAAUCCAAGUGAAACAGCAUGCAACUGCUGAGUCAACCUUUUCAUCAGGCUUUAGAUGAAUAUCCAUUUCUGUUCGUUGUGAAUUUGCCUUACAACAUGUCAACAUAAUAAUCUUGUAGGUGGCGGCUGCAAUAACAUGGAAAGCGUGCUGAUUUAAGUUAGCAAUAACAGAAGGACGGACGUUUUCUGGGCCGUUCUAGUGAUUGACAGGCAGUAAAGGCAGAGAAAUUUGACCCUGAAGUCAUUUGUUUCCAAUCAUGUGAAAUGGCAUCCUGAAACAGGAGAGAAGCCUCGACACAGAGCGGGGACAUGUAAAUAUACUCUGCCUUCAUUAGAUUAACACACACAUGCUGCACAAACACAUGUAUGUCAGUUAUCUCCUAAUAAUAUUCGCCGUACACUUAAGCUGCACGCGUCCUCUCGCCCGUUCAGCUUCGUGCCCUGCAGCUUCACUCGUACUUGGCUCUGUGCGUCUCUUGUGAAGGUUUACACUGGCCGCUAUUUUCUCUGCAAACUCAAUAAAAGCUGAUUAUUUAUCAGGUUAGAUUAUGGGACAUGACUGAGCUCAGCUGUAAAAUUGAAAGUGAAACCAGCUGUGGCUGAAAUUGAAUUACACUCGGUGAGUAAUGUGAAAAGCAAGAGCAGUUUAACAGUUAUUAAGCGCUCCUCUACUACCUUAUCAAGCAGCCAGACGCUGUACGGUCGCAGUGAAAGUGCUACUCUGUUUCUCAACAUUAUUUCUUUUCUAUUUUAACCCUUAGAUGCACGAGUGAUGGGACCCUACACUCUUCCAUAAGUGGGUCAUAAAUGACCCCUAUAAGAAUCAAUGUGUUGGUUAAGAAAAAUAAUUUUUUUUUAUUGUUUGAAUUAUAUGUCGGUCCACACAAGAAUGAUUUCAUGUUUGACACACAAACCUAUCAAUCAAUAUGUAGCUAUAUGAAUAAACGCACACAUGCACACUCACACAAACACACUUAAUACAUAGACUAAUUCUAGCUAGCUAGCUAGUGUUAACUAACUAUAAAGUAGGCUAAUUUGAUGAUACAUAAUAAUAACACAAGAGUCUAGAAUGUGCAAGUGUGUCUAGAAUGUGCAAGUGUGUUGAAAAAUAUCAAUUUGUUGACAUCAAAUUUUUUCUGAGGUAAAACAUGUAGAUAAUACUUACAUGUAUCAGGUCUUGCUGUGUAAAAUAAUCUUCUUAAUCGGAGACAUUUCAGACGUUGCGUGUGUGGUCCACAGUAAAUAUAUUCCUGACAGUUACAGUUGAUAAGAAUCACAGGUUUCCAUGAGAUUCUAUGGGAAAUGCAUGCGGGUCAUUUUUGACCCACUUAUGGAAGCUUGGGGUAGUGAUACAAAGAUGCUAAUUUCUUAAAAAGUAUAAAAGGUAACUGAAAAUUUAAAUGGAAUGAUCUCGAAAACAUGUUUUUUGAGGAAUACCUGAAAUAUGAAAUGAUAGCUUUUCAUAACAAAGAUCUUGCAAGAGAACGACCUCACCGGGUUAUUUUUGACCCACUUAUGCCUCUAAGGGUUAAAUGCACCUCUGUUACUGGAAAUAUCAGAAACUUUGUCUCGACUCUUGAGAUUCUCUUCUUAGACGACAGAACCAGGAGUCUCCGUGGAUUUGCAUGUUGCUUUGUGCUAUAAAUGUGUGUAUUCCUUGCAGCGCGGCCACACUUGUGUGCAGACAGGGGUCACUGGGGCUUUGCAAAGGCAUGUGCGCCCUGACAAGCGGCUGUCUUACAGGAGCAGAGGUUAGAUAAGUGGAGGACCAAUGGUUUUAACAUGUGGCCUGGCAGCUGGCCUGCGUGUUUGUGUGUGCGUUCUGGAGUUUCCUCUCAGAGCUCCAUCUGGGCCUCAGACUGAUUCAGUCAUUCAUCAGAGAAUGUGUUAAUCACCCACACUCCUUAACUCGCACCUCAACUUUUUAUUUUCACCUUGUAUGCUUCAUUUUUGUGGCACAGACACUCAGUGCCAUUCUGCUUUGUGUUUCUGCUGAGAAAAAUAUUGCACUUUAACCCACUUUGAUGCAUUUAGAAUCAAAAGAAUAAUCUCAAUGCCCAAGCAGUUUUUCUCAAGAAUCAGCAAAUCCCCAAAUGCAUUAUUCUCUUCAGACAACUACUUUUUGAUAAUAGGUGUACUUUGAGUUGCAUGUGAAUGGUCCUGUUUUGCCAUCAUCACGUUUAGUGUAAUUCAAUUACUCUCCCCUUUCUUGUUGAAUGUUUUAUCAUGAAUGGAGCUGUGUGUGUGUGUGUGUGUGUGUGUGUGUGUGUGUGUGUGUGUGUGUGUGUGUGUGUGUGUGUGUGUGUGUGUGUGUGUGUGUUUGCGCGUUUGCGCGUGCGUGUUUGCGCGUGCGUGUUGGUGCAGGGUGGUUGGAAGAGGGGCUGUCAGCACUGUUCCCUCUAAGCUGCGCGCGUGCGCAAUUGCGCACUACUGACACGGUCUCCGCGCACAGAAAAUCUGUGCUGCGCACAAAAAAAAAAUCCAACCUAAAUUGUAAAUAAAAUAAACACGUAACAAUUCAUUCUGUGCUAUUUUUCAGUGUGAGUCAGUGAGUGACCGGUGACUGGCUGCUGCAGCCAAUGAUGCGAUUCACAUACGUAUUUACCAUAGACUGUAUAUAAUGGUAUUUACGCAGCUAAUCAACGUCAUUGACAGGCGUCCUUAUGUGCAGCUACCGUUGUUGUCAUAGAUAUGAAUGAGUAGAUAGGACACGCCCCUUUGAGCUGCGUGCUACAGCGAGGCUAAGCUAGUGGGGGAAAAGUUUCAGUGCAUUCCGUUGAUGUAGACGGCGUGAAAACGGAAACAAGAAGUAUGCUGGCUCACUGUACUGCAUACAGUUACACACUACGUCGUACGAUUGAGACAAGGAAACUUGGAAUGACUUUUCAUAGGUAAGAAUAGUUUUUGGCUGUUUUUUCAUUAUGAAAUCUUGUUGAGAGCUUCCAGUCUAUGAGAGCUAACUAGUUAGCCACUAGCAAAACGCUAAGGCGAGCUAGUAGCUUGACAACCAAAUACCAGACGAUUAAUAGUAGCUGUAGUAUAGUUGUACAAGCAGUAGUAGUAAUGCUAAAAGUACAAGCAGCAGUAGUAGUAGUAUAAACAGCUGUUAGAGUCGUAGAAGUAGUAUCAGCAUUUGUAAUAGUAUUACAAGUUGUAGUAGCAGUCCCAGUAUCAGCAGGAGUAGUGUGUACUACCACUAGUACUAGUAGUAGUCACAUUGCUAUUACUACCACCAAUACUACCAAUAGUAGUUAUAAAGCCUAACUCAUGUAUAUCCAGAUUACCAUCUAUGUUCUUCCUCCAAACCCAUUUUAUGAUUGGGAUUACAGGCAGUUCUUUAGGACUGCUCUCAAAUCAUUGAAAUGUUACUAAACAAGGUUAUACUAAUCAAAUUAAAUAGCUCUGGUCUCCAGUAUAUUGGCGAAUUCAGUUCUUUGUACUUAAUUUAUUAGCAUGAUUUCUUUUUAAUAUGUUGUGUACAGACUUAAUUACUUCUCUGUCUACUUUUCUUACUCCAUGUAGCUUUCCCAGAAACUAUGGGUUGAGGAGGAAUUGGAAGUUUGUCGGCUUAGACCUGGUGUCAUUCCAUCAGUGUUAAACUUCCUGGCUCAUCUUGGAAGAGUACGUGCCAGAAAGACCACGACCAAGCAGCCUUGAGAUCUUAGGCAGCGUCUCCCUGAGGUCCCUCUCUAUCUCCCCACACAUCCACCAACCACUGGAACACAUCUCCAAAGUUCUGCCGGGCCAGCUCAGCUUCCCCUCAGAAGAAGUGCCGCCACCUGCCAGAUGAAGGAGCCUUUUGAGAGGCAGCUGGCAUCGUGAUUGGACUGUACUUUGGUCUGUUCCAAUCCAGCUUCAGCUCCAGAGACGGCAGGCGGGACGAGUCAACGGAGGCCGGGUGGACGAAGGCAUGCAGCUGAGUACAAUCCAGAAAACAACAGAGGAGGAGUGCAGCAGCCCAGAGCCAGAACAAGCAGAGUAGCAUCGUAUGUCUCUUAGAAAACAUCAUAGUAUAGCCUUUGGUAUGAAAAAACGCCAUCAUAUACAUCGUAUAUUGUACAAAUAACAAGUCAAAGCAAAGAGACAUACAUUGUAGAAUUGUAGUAAUUGUGGACUGACUGAUGUACUGAUUAUCAGUAUUUUAUUUUUUACUGAUUUACGGUAAUAAAUACAUUUAAAAAUGGCGCUA